AUGGUAACAGCUACAGUGACACUGUAUCCGCGCUAUCUGGGAAGAAACAAUUCGACCACACCUCAAACAAAACGGCCAAAAGCUGAUGAUUAUAUUCAAGAAAUUGAAGAUUUGUACGAAAUUGCAAAAGACGAGCUCGAAAUCGCCGCUGAAUCCGCAGCUGCCUGUACAAUCUACGCCGUCUCCGACCGAAUAUCUCUCCGCGAAGCUUUCGAUGAUCUAGACUGUGUCUAUGCCGCGUAUACAGGCUCAAAACCGCAUCCCUCAGAUCUGGAGCAAUGGUCUGUAUCCCCACCACAAACCCGAGACCCGGAUGUCCCCACUAAUGACGGGUCAACGGGAGAUAAGGGUCAGCGGGAGGAGGAAGCCGGAACGGAGGCGAAGAAAAGGGGUACGAAAUUUAAUCCUGACGAGGUUCCGGAGGAGAUUCGGGAAGAGAUCAAGAGGAGGGUUGGGCAGCGGAUGGGGGAGUUGAGGAAUGCGGUGCAACUGCUUGAGGAGAGUGUUCGGGAGUGUUGA